AUGUCAUGUCAGAAAUCAGUUGUCAAGCGUUGUUUUUUGCCACACCAUCCAGUUGUUAAAGAGGCCAGUACCACCACAAAGGUCAGGGUUGUUUUCGACGCCUCUUGUAAAACUUCAACGGGAGUAUCGUUAAACGAUGGACUCUUGAAUGGCCCUGUUAUUCAGGAUGAUUUACGCUCGAUUAUCCUCCGUUGUCGAACCAAACAGGUUAUGGUUGUUGCCGACAUUGGGAAAAUGUUCAGGCAAAUCAAUAUCGCUGAAGAUGAUCGUCCUCUCCAAUCCAUUUUGUGGCGAUCAUCUCCCAAGGAAGAAAUAUCGAUCUAUGAACUGCGAACUGUCACCUACGGAACCAAACCAGCUCCAUUUCUAGCCACUAGAACGCUACAACAGUUAGCCACGGAUGGGAAAGGGGUCUUUCCACUUGCAGCAAGGGCUGUUUUAAAUGACACCUACAUGGAUGAUGUCAUCACAGGGUCGGAUACCGUGGAAGAAGCGAGUGAGCUGCAAGUUCAGCUUGAUGCGUUGAUGAGUUCUGGUGGGUUUCGUUUGAGAAAAUACGCCUCAAACAGCCCUGAUGUGUUGAAGAAUGUUUCUGAAGACAAUUUGGCAAUCAAAUGCCCGGAAGGUAUAAAUCUGGAUCCUGAUCCAUCGGUCAAGACUUUAGGUUUGACAUGGAUGCCCACAUCAGAUGUUUUCAGCUUUCAAUUCAGUAUUCCGGCCAUUGAAUCUAUUGAACCAUUAACUAAAAGGCGAAUACUGUCCGUUAUUGCUAUGCUUUUCGAUCCCCUGGGGCUCAUUGGAGCCGUAAUUGCUACUGCUAAGAUUUUUAUGCAGAAAAUUUGGAUGUUAAGGGAUGCUAAAGAUCAACGACUGGGCUGGGAUGAACCGGUACCGUUGAUGAUUGAUGAAGCUUGGAGAAAAUACCACCAGCAACUCAGUUCGCUCAAUGAGAUCCGAAUAAAUCGAUGCGUUAUGAUUUCUAACCCUGUUCUGCUUGAGAUCCAUUGUUUUUCUGAUGCGUCAGAGAAGGCGUACGGAGCUUGUGUUUACAUCCGCAGCCAGAACUCCCAAGGUCAAUUGAAAACAGCUCUCCUUACAUCAAAGUCACGCGUUGCACCGUUGAAGUCGCAAAGUAUUCCUAGGUUAGAGUUGUGUGGAGCAUUGCUUGGGGCUCAGCUGGUAGCCAAUGUGAAAAAGGCCCUCAAGGGCGAAGUCUCGACAUUCUUUUGGACCGACUCCACAUGUGUUCUACGCUGGAUUUCCUCUACGCCGUCAACCUGGACUACUUUCGUGGCUAACAGAGUGAGCAAAAUUCAAACCAUGACCGAAGGGUGUCAAUGGAACCAUGUAGCAGGAAAGCAGAACCCCGCGGACUUAAUCUCUCGUGGUAUUCUACCCGAGGAGAUUCUUGACAACGAGUUUUGGUGGAAUGGUCCACAAUGGUUAGCAGAAAGCAUGGAGAGCUGGCCAAUCGCCUCGGUCAGCAUGCUUGAAGAAGAAGGAGAAGACGAAAGGAGACACAAAAAGGUAGCUGCAACAACCUCGGUUAGCCGAGAGUUCAACAAUUGGUUUAUUUCCCACUUUUCCGACUAUACGAAACUUAUCCGUUCCACUGCUAUUUGGAUUCGCUUGAUUCGAGUUCUUAGAAAGUCAAAAGAAGGCCCAACUUCUGGGUUUCUAAAAGCGACAGAGUUGUCAGAGGCAGAAAUGGUUAUGGUACGCCUAGUUCAGCGAGAAUGCUUCCAGGAUGAGCUAAAGUCAUGCUCAAGGGGGGAAACGGUUCCCAGAAAAUCACCAUUGCGUUGGUUCAACCCUUUUAUUCAGAAUGGCAUCAUUAAGGUCGGCGGUAGGCUGAUGCAUUCUCAGGAAUCCGAAGAUUUUAAACACCCCAUGGUUCUACCCGCGAAUCAUAAUUUCACCAAGCUACUUUUCGAAUCAUACCACAAAAAAUUGCUGCACGCUGGACCUCAGCUAACUCUCUGCGCUGUCAGACAGCGGGUUUGGCCUCUGGGAGGAAGGAGCGUGAUUAGAAAUGUAAUUCACAAAUGCAUAAAAUGCUUCAGAGUGCGCCCUAAGCCUAUGGAGCAAUUAAUGGGAGACUUGCCUGCGGCACGAGUUAGAGAAUCACGCCCAUUCACUAAAACCGGGGUUGAUUAUUUUGGCCCGGUUUAUUUACGCCAUGCGCCUCGUAAGCCUUCGGUAAAGGCUUAUGUAGCGGUGUUUAUUUGUUUUUCCACGAAGGCAGUGCACUUAGAAUUGGUGACUGACCUUACUACAGAUAGGUUUCUACAGGCGCUUAGAAGAUUCCUGGGACGUUGGGGAAAGGUUUCAGAUAUUUACUCGGACAAUGGAACCAACUUCAUUGGCGCUAGAAACUAUCUGCAUGAUUUGAGGAAGGUUCUGAGAUCCAAGGAUCAUCAUGAACAAAUUUCGAAAUACUGUUCAAACGACGGAAUCCAAUGGCAUUUAAAUCCUCCCCGAGCGCCUCAUUUUGGUGGCCUAUGGGAGGCGGCAGUAAAAUCUGCAAAACAUCACAUAAUUAGGGUCAUUGGUGACCAUCCACUGUCUUUUGAGGACAUGCAAACGUUGUUGGUUCAGGUGGAGGCUUGUCUUAAUUCGAGGCCUAUUACACAGCAAUCAGAUGAUCCGAAUGAUUUGGAGCCCCUUACACCGGCACACUUUUGGUUGGGAUCUUCCUUACAGGCUCUUCCAGAACGUGAUUUGUCGAACAUACCUGUUAAUAGGCUCGAUAAGACACAGCUGAUCCAACAAAAGGUCCAACAAAUUUGGAAUCGGUGGCGGAAAGAAUAUCUUUCGCAGCUACAAGCAAGAACUAAACGGUGGAAUAAUAAUGUUAAAAUCGAGAUCGGUAGAUUGGUAGUAAUCUGCGAUGACAAUGUUCCACCUAUCCAUUGGAAGAUGGGUCGCAUAUCUGAAGUACACCCUGGUCAAGAUGGUGUUGUUCGGGUGGUGACGUUAAAGACGAGUAGUGGGUUCAAAACUCGGGCGGUUGAGCGAAUAUGUUUAUUGCCAAUUCAGCCUGAGUCUGAAAUGCAGCCAAAUGCUGUUCAAGCAUAA